AUGAAAAUACAGAUCACUCUUCUUUUAACUUUAUUAUCAAUUAUUGGUUAUGUUCAAUGCCAACCACAAUACCUUCAAUUCCUUUGGGAAUCACCAUAUUAUGAUAUAACAUUUGGUGCAAUUUCAUUGGCUGAUGGAUCAAUCAAUGCAAAUUUCACAGUUCCAAAUCAAGAAGAAGAGAUUCUUUAUGGUUUCUUGACAACUCAAGCUCAAGAUGAUCGUGGUACCUUUUUGAUGCUUACUUCAAAUCAAAAUAAUGAAAUGUCUGUUACUGCUUUUACUCCAAAUAAUUAUACAAUCUCUGAUUUAUAUCAAUCAGGUAGUACAUUUUUGUUUGAUUUUACAUUCCAACCAAUCUAUUGGGAUACUGAAAAUGAAAUUGCCUAUAUUGCUGGAGUUAGAUCAAGUGGUAUUCCUGCCAUCGCUUUAUUAACUUUUGGUUUUGGUCAAAAUGCAAAUGCUGAACCAAUUGUUCUUGUCCAACCAAAUACAAAGGGAUCAAAUAUUGCACCAGUUGGAUCAUAUGAUCCUUCUACCAAUUCAUUCUAUGUUUACUUUUCAAGUCAAGAUAAAUCACAAACCAUGGUAAAGUACUCAUUUGCUAGUCAAACAGUUACCAACCAAACACUUCAAGGUACUGUCAACAAAUUCAUUGGUAUCACUCAAUUAUAUGCUUACAAUGGUCAAUUGUUUGUUUGUCGUUCUGUUUACAAACAUGGUGCAGAGAUUCUGUUGGUUGAUUUUGAAACAGGUGCCAUGAAGCCAGUUUACAACAACAAAACUUCAAAGCCAAGUCUUAAAGGAUCCAACUCGGUUCAACCAUUUGUAUUUGAUCCAGUUACAGGUACUAUCACCAUAUUAAACGUUAUUGGUUCUAAACUCCAUUAUGAUAUUCUUGACUUGACCAGCUUUACUGUCACCACUGCUGUCAUUCCAAAUAAUCUUCCAUCUGAAACAUUUAUCAUUGCUGCUUACCAACCUCAAUAA